AUGGGCUGCACUGCCAGCAUUGUUCUGCUUCAAGCUUUGCGCUCUGUGGUCCGUAGGAGCUGUCCACACAUCUGUAGACGACGCCAGGAGGAACCCUCCCACGAAAUCGUGCCUCUGGAAAGCGACGAUGAAAUGAGUAGACCCAGAACCCUCAUCAUAAUGCAGGAAAAGCCUAGGCUUCUUGAGCCUUUGGAUUAUGAAACUGUCAUUGAAGAACUUGAGAAGAUCUAUGGGAAUGAUCCUCUCCGAGACCUCCUAUUCUUCCCCAGUGACGACUUUUCAACAACCACUGUGCCGUGGGAUAUCCGAACAUUGUACUCAACGGUGCCUGAAGAUGCCGCAAACAAAGCAGAAAGUUUGCUGGUGAAAGAGGCUUGUAAAUUUUAUAGUUCCCAGUGGUAUGUGGUGAACUACAAAUACGAAGACUAUUCUGGAGACAUUCGACAGUUACCUCGAGCAGAAUACAAACCAGAGAAACUUCCUUCGCAUUCCUUUGAGGUUGACCACGAAGAUGCCGAUAAGGAUGAAGAUACGACAUCCCACUCAUCUUCCAAGGGCGGAGGCGGGGCAGGAGGCACUGGAGUGUUCAAGUCUGGCUGGCUUUACAAAGGAAAUUUUAAUAGCACCGCGAACAAUACCGUUACUGUUCGGUCCUUCAAAAAGCGCUACUUCCAGCUGACUCAGCUGCCAGACAACUCCUACAUCAUGAAUUUUUACAAAGAUGAAAAAAUAUCCAAAGAACCCAAAGGCUGCAUCUUUUUGGAUUCUUGUACAAGUGUGGUUCAGAAUAACAGACUAAGAAAGCACGCCUUUGAAUUGAAGAUGAACGACCUGACCUACUUCGUGCUGGCAGCGGAGACCGAGGCAGAUAUGGAUGAGUGGAUCCACACCCUCAGCCGCAUCCUGCAGAUCAGUCCUGAGGGGGCCCUGCAGGGGAGGAGGAGCGCCGAGCUCACUGAGCUGGGGCUGGGUGAGGCACAGCGUCCGCCACCUUGCCUUUGUCAAGUGCCAGCUCUGCAUUUGCGUUCACUUAAGCUCUUGCACCCGUCCUUCUUUACUCUUUACCUCACAGAAACUGAAGAGACUGUCCAAAGGACCCGGAACAUGGAGAGAUUAAAUCUAUUCUCAUUGGAUCCAGAUAUAGAUACAUUGAAACUUCAGAAAAAGGAUAUUUUAAAACCGGAGUCUGUUAUCAAACCAUUUGAAGAAAAAGCUGCCAAGAGAAUCAUGAUCAUUUGUAAAGCUCUUAAUUUAAAUCUUCAGGGAUGUGUUAUGGAGAAUGAAAAUGAUCCAGUAACAAACAUUGAGCCUUUUUUUGUGAGUGUGGCACUUUAUGACCUCAGAGAUGGCAGAAAGAUUUCUGCAGAUUUUCACGUGGAUCUAAACCACGCUGCAGUCAGGCAGAUGGUCUCAGGGGCUUCCGUGGCUUUGGAGAAUGGCAACAUUGACACCGUCACUCCAAGACAAUCAGAGGAGCCACACAUCAAGGGAUUUCCAGAGGAAUGGCUGAAAUUUCCAAAGCAGGCCAUAUUUUCUGUAAGCAACCCACAUUCUGAAAUUGUUUUGGUGGCCAAAAUUGAGAAAGUACUAAUGGGAAACAUUGCAAGUGGUGCUGAACCUUAUAUGAAGAAUCCAGACUCCAACAAGUAUGCACAAAAGAUACUAAAAUCCAACAGGCAGUUCUGCAGCAAGUUGGGGAAAUACCGCAUGCCUUUUGCAUGGGCCGUAAGAUCAGUGUUUAAGGACAACCAGGGAAAUGUGGACAGAGACUCAAGAUUUUCUCCAUUGUAUCGACAAGAAAGUAGCAAGAUAUCAACUGAGGACCUACUUAAACUAGUGUCUGAUUACAGAAGGGUUGACAGAAUAAGCAAAACGCAGACCAUCCCUGGAAGCCUGGAUAUUGCUGUUGACAACACUCCUUUGGAGCACCCAAACUGUGUAACAUCGUCCUUUGUCCCUGUCAAGCCUUUCAACGUGAUGGCUCAGCACGAACCCUCCGUGGAGGUGGAAGAAUUUGUUUACGACACCACCAAGUCCUGCCGCCCCUACCGAGAGUACAAAAACCAGAUUUACAUUUACCCCAAGCACCUCAAGUAUGACAGCCAGAAGUGCUUCAACAAGGCACGAAAUAUAACCGUGUGCAUUGAAUUCAAAAACUCCGAUGAAGAUGGUGCCAAGCCAGUGAAGUGCAUUUAUGGCAAGCCUGGAGGGCCCCUCUUCACCUCGGCCACCUACACAGCAGUUGUGCACCAUUCCCAGAAUCCGGAUUUCUCAGAUGAGGUGAAAAUUGAGCUACCAACACAACUCCAUGAGAAACAUCACAUUUUGUUUUCUUUCUAUCAUGUCACCUGUGACAUAAACGCAAAAGCUAAUGCCAAAAAGAAGGAAGCUCUGGAGACCUCAGUUGGAUAUGCUUGGCUUCCCCUGAAGAGGCAUGAUCAGAUCGCUUCUCAAGAGUAUAAUAUCCCAGUAGCGACGAGUCUGCCUCCUAAUUAUUUAAGCUUUCAAGAUUCUGCAAGUGGAAAGCACAGUAUGAGUGACAUUAAAUGGGUUGAUGGCGGCAAACCACUUUUCAAAGUAUCAACAUUUGUUGUAUCAACAGUGAACACUCAGGAUCCACAUGUGAACGCAUUUUUUAAACAGUGCCAAAAGAGAGAGAAAGAUUUGUCUCAGUCACCUACCUCGAAUUUCGUCCGCUCUUGUAAGAAUUUAUUGAAUGUGGAAAAGAUUCAUGCCAUCAUGAGUUUUCUGCCUAUAAUUUUAAACCAGCUCUUUAAGGUCCUGGUACAGAAUGAGGAAGAUGAAAUCAGUACAGCUGUGACCAGGGUCCUGACGGACAUUGUGGCCAAGUGCCAUGAAGAACAGCUAGACCACUCAGUCCAGUCCUACAUAAAGUUCGUGUUCAAGACCAGGACAUACAAGGAGAGAACUAUACAUGAGGAAUUGGCUAAAAAUGUGAUCGGCCUUUUGAAAUCAAAUGACACAACAACAGUAAAGCAUGUCCUGAAGCAUUCCUGGUUCUUCUUUGCAAUUAUCCUAAAAUCAAUGGCACAGCACUUGAUGGACACAAAUAAAAUUCAGCUCUCCCGGGCUCAAAGAUUCCCUGAAUCAUUCCAGCAUGAACUGGACACUCUCGUAAUGAUCCUGUCUGACCACGUGAUAUGGAAAUGUAAAGAUGCAGUUGAAGAAACAAGAAGGGCAAACCACAGCGUUGCCAGAUUUCUUAAGCGCUGCUUUACGUUUAUGGACCGCGGAUUUGUGUUCAAGAUGGUGAACAACUACAUCAGCAUGUUCUCCUCGGGUGACCUCAAGACCUUAUGCCAGUAUAAAUUUGAUUUUCUUCAAGAAGUAUGUCAGCAUGAACACUUCAUUCCCCUGUGUCUCCCCAUACGAUCAGCGAACAUUCCAGAUCCCUUGACACCUUCAGAAUCAACUCAAGAAUUACAUGCAUCAGAUAUGCCUGAAUAUUCGGUCACAAAUGAAUUUUGUCGCAAACACUUCUUAAUCGGAAUUCUGCUCCGGGAGGUUGGCUUUGCUCUGCAGGAAGACCAAGAUAUCAGGCACUUAGCUUUAGCUGUCCUGAAAACUCUGAUGGCUAAGCAUUCAUUUGAUGAUCGAUACAGAGAACCAGAAAAACAGGCCCAGAUAGCAAGUUUGUAUAUGCCCCUCUAUGGCAUGCUUCUGGACAAUAUGCCAAGGAUUUACCUGAAGGACCUCUACCCUUUUACUGCUAAUACAUCAAAUCAGGGGUCUAGAGAUGACCUGAGCACCAACGGAGGAUUUCAGACCCAGACAGCUAUGAAGCAUGCGAACUCUGUGGAUACUUCCUUCUCUAAAGAUGUUUUAAAUUCCAUAGCAGCAUUUUCAUCAAUAGCUAUUUCUACAGUAAACCAUGCUGAUUCCAGAGCGUCAUUAGCAAGUCUUGACUCCAAUCCAAGUACCAAUGAGAAGAGCAGUGAGAAGACUGACAACUGUGAAAAGAUCCCAAGACCCUUGUCUUUGAUAGGCUCAACUCUUCGAUUUGACAAAUUAGAUCAAGCAGAAACACGGAGUCUUCUGAUGUGUUUCCUUCACAUUAUAAAAACAAUUUCAGAGGAGACUCUGAUUGCCUACUGGCAGAGGGCACCCAGCCCAGAGGUGUCCGACUUCUUCAGCAUCUUGGAUGUUUGUCUUCAAAAUUUCAGAUACCUAGGAAAACGCAAUAUAAUAAGAAAGAUUGCUGCUGGAUUUAAAUUUGUACAAUCCACUCAGAAUAAUGGAACUCUCAAAGGGUCAAAUCUUUCCUGCCAGACAUCAGCUUUCUUGCCACAGUGGAUGCACACCACUACCAGUCAUGAAGGACAUAAACAGCACAGAUCACAAACUUUACCUAUAAUUCGAGGCAAAAAUGCACUUUCUAACCCCAAACUCUUACAGAUGUUAGACAAUACCAUGACCAGCAACUCCAGUGAAAUAGACAUCAUGCACCAUGUGGACACUGAGGCCAAUAUAGCUACAGAGGUUUGCCUCACUAUCCUAGACUUGCUAUCCCUCUUCACCCAGAUCCACCAGAGGCAACUCCAACAAUCUGACUGUCAAAAUUCAAUGAUGAAAAGGGUCUUUGAUACCUACAUGCUGUUUUUCCAAGUCAACCAGUCGGCCGCAGCACUGAAACAUGUGUUUGCCUCCUUGAGACUGUUUGUUUGCAAGUUUCCUUCAGCGUUCUUUCAAGGGCCAGCAGACCUCUGUGGGUCAUUCUGCUACGAAGUCCUAAAAUGCUGUAACCACAGGUCACGCUUAACUCAGAUGGAAGCCUCAGCACUUCUAUACUUUUUCAUGAGGAAGAAUUUUGAGUUUAACAAGCAGAAGUCAAUUGUCCGGUCCCACUUACAACUCAUCAAGGCUGUAAGCCAGUUAAUAGCUGAUGCUGGGAUUGGAGGCUCUCGGUUUCAACAUUCCCUUGCAAUUACCAAUAAUUUUGCUAACGGUGACAAGCAAAUGAAAAACAGCAAUUUCCCAGCAGAAGUAAAAGACCUGACUAAGCGUAUAAGGACGGUUUUGAUGGCCACGGCUCAGAUGAAGGAGCAUGAAAAAGACCCCGAGAUGUUGGUGGAUCUCCAGUACAGCCUGGCCAACUCCUAUGCCAGCACCCCUGAGCUGCGGAGGACCUGGCUGGAAAACAUGGCCAAGAUUCACGCGAGGAAUGGGGACUUAUCAGAGGCUGCUAUGUGUUACAUCCAUAUAGCUGCCCUCAUCGCAGAAUACCUGAAAAGAAAGGGUUACUGGAAAAUGGAAAAGAUUUGCACACCAUCCCUGCACCUGGAGGAUGCCCACCCCUGUGAUAGCAACCCAUUACUAACAACUCCCAGUGGAGGAAGCAUGUUCUCAAUGGGCUGGCCAGCUUUUCUGAGCAUCACACCAAACAUAAAAGAAGAAGGAGCAAUGAAAGAAGAUUCAGGCAUGCAGGACACACCGUACAAUGAGAAUAUCCUGGUGGAGCAGCUGUACAUGUGUGUGGAGUUUCUUUGGAAGUCCGAGAGAUACGAACUCAUUGCUGAUGUCAACAAACCCAUCAUUGCUGUCUUCGAGAAGCAGAGAGACUUCAAAAAAUUAUCAGAUCUCUACUAUGACAUUCACCGGUCAUAUCUGAAAGUUGCAGAGGUGGUGAACUCAGAGAAGCGACUGUUUGGUCGCUACUAUCGUGUGGCAUUUUAUGGGCAGGGCUUUUUUGAAGAAGAAGAAGGCAAAGAGUAUAUUUAUAAAGAGCCUAAGCUGACAGGUCUCUCUGAGAUUUCCCAGAGGCUGCUGAAGCUCUACGCAGAUAAAUUCGGAGCAGACAACGUGAAGAUCAUCCAGGAUUCCAACAAGGUCAACCCCAAAGAUUUGGACCCCAAAUAUGCCUACAUCCAGGUAACGUAUGUCACACCAUUCUUCGAGGAAAAGGAAAUAGAGGACCGGAAGACAGAUUUCGAGAUGCAUCACAACAUCAACCGCUUUGUCUUUGAGACCCCCUUUACGCUGUCAGGCAAGAAGCAUGGCGGAGUGGAGGAGCAAUGCAAGCGGAGGACGAUCCUGACAACAAGUCACUUGUUCCCCUAUGUGAAGAAGAGGAUACAAGUCGUAAGCCAGUCAAGCACAGAACUGAAUCCUAUUGAAGUGGCCAUUGAUGAAAUGUCCAGGAAGGUCUCGGAGCUCAAUCAGCUUUGCACCAUGGAGGAAGUAGACAUGAUCAGACUGCAGCUCAAACUCCAAGGAAGUGUCAGUGUGAAGGUUAACGCUGGACCAAUGGCCUAUGCACGAGCUUUUCUUGAAGAAACCAAUGCAAAGAAAUAUCCUGACAACCAAGUAAAGCUUCUGAAGGAAAUCUUCAGGCAAUUUGCAGAUGCAUGUGGGCAAGCCCUUGAUGUGAAUGAGCGCCUAAUCAAGGAGGACCAGGUGGAGUACCAGGAGGAGUUGAGAUCCCACUAUAAAGACAUGCUCAGUGAACUCUCUGCAGUCAUGAAUGAGCAGAUUACGCCCACGGGCGACCCAGCAAAGUGCGGGCUGGAGCGAACUUGCACUCGAGUAAUUAACAAGGGGACCCCAGGCCUGCCUGCCGUGUCAGGCCCAUCCACUGCUGAGGUCUGAAUCUGCGGCACUCUACACGCCUCCAAGAGGACUUUCUCAACUUGCAGCUAAUCUCGGGGAAGAGAGAGAUUUAAUUUAUUUGAAGUUUUUAUGGUGUUAAUAUAUAUAUUUUUUACCUCGCUAGCUUGAGAAUUUUGCCAGCCUCUAGACUUGCACAUUCCUAUGAUGUUUUCCUCUGAGCGGCAUUGAGCAAGCCAAGCUGAAUAUUUGCCAUGAAAUUCCAAUGAAUGUGUAGCUCAAAAGCAAACCCUAAGUUUGCUUGCUGUCAAUUAUAUCUAUGUUCAAUGCCAAGUCCUCGUACACAUAUUUUAAAGGUCAGAGUGAAUGUUUUUGUAACAUUUAAGCAUAUUUCAAAUGUAAAUAGAAGAUUGUAAAAUAUGAUUUUUAUCAAAUUGAAAGGGAUCUUUUUAGUUAAUACUUAUCACAGUACUAAAAUUAUAUGAUUAACAUUUCAGAUACCGUGAUAUUAACAUAUUUGUGUAUGUGUACAAAAGUGUUGAUAAAUACUAGUCUUUAAAGUUUAUGGAGUUCCUUUAUUUGUAAUAUAUGACUCUUAAAAGCAAUGGGAUGUGAAAAUAUGAAAGUAUUUUGUUGUUGUUAAUGAAAAUAAAAAAUACACUUAGUUUGCA